AUGCAUGCUUUGUUCUUGUGUGGAAGGAGUUGUUGGGCUUUCUCGACGGUUGGGGCAGUGGAAGGCUUAAACAAGAUUGUGUCAGGAGAGUUAGUCACUUUGUCUGAGCAAGAUUUGAUCAAUUGUAACAAAGAAAAUAAUGGUUGCAGAGGAGGUAAAGUUGAGGCUGCCUAUGAGUUCAUAGUUAAUAAUGGUGGUCUUGGUACCGACAACGAUUAUCCUUACAAGGCUGUUAAUGAAGUUUGCAACGGUCCGCUCAAGGAAAACAACACGAAUGUUGUGAUCGAUGGAUAUGAGAAUUUGCCUGCAAAUGACGAGCUUGCUCUAAGGAAAGCUGUUGCUCACCAGCCAAUAACCGCCAUUAUCGAUUUCAGCUUUAUGAAUCGAGGAGGUAAAGUUGAGACUGCCUAUGAGUUCAUAGUUAAUAAUGGUGGUCUUGGUACCGACAACGAUUAUCCUUACAAGGCUGUUAAUGGAGUUUGCCAUGGCCGCCUCAAGGAAAACAACAAGAAUGUUAUGAUUGAUGGAUUUGAAAAUUUGCCUUCAAACGACGAAUAUGCUCUAAUGAAAGCGGUUGCUCACCAGCCUGUAACAGCCAUUCUCGAUUCCAGCAGCCGCGAGUUUCAGCUUUACGAAUCGGGAAUAUUUGAUGGACCAUGCGGAACAAACCUAAACCAUGGAGUUGUUGUGGUUGGGUAUGGAACAGAAAACGGCCGUGACUAUUGGAUUGUGAGAAAUUCGCGGGGCAACACAUGGGGAGAGGCUGGCUACAUGAAGAUGGCUCGCAACAUUGCCAAUCCAAGAGGCUUAUGUGGUAUCGCAAUGCGAGCUUCUUACCCUCUUAAGAACUCAUUUACUAGGGAUAUAAGCUCCAUUGCCUAAUGAUAUGAACCAUAUAUUAUGAGAGGGAUCGAGAGUGAGCCAACAACCUAUUCGACUUUGAAGGAAAAAUAAUGUA